AUGUCGGUGCAAACAUUGUAUGAGAUUGCUUUGAAGAUUAAUAAUGUGAUGGCCAAGAUCCAAUCUGAACUGAAAUGCGGUAUUUGUCGCUCGACCUUUUCCAAUCCCGUCUCGGCUACAUGUGGUCACGUUUUCUGCAAGGACUGUUUAGAUGUUGUUUUUCAACGUCGACGAGUUGUGGAGUGUCCUUUAUGUCGUCAGUCCAUAAACAAAAGGAGUUGUACUCCAUCUGAGCAGCAUGAAUCGAUGGUGCAGGGAUACCUUCAACUUGGCCGAAACUUUCUACGAGACUCUCAAGAGCAGACCCUUUCUAUACCCAAGGAUGUUGCCUUCAUGGAUAGUCAAGUACCCAUGGACCCGAAAUUGAGUGAUAGCCCAAUGCGUGAUUUUCGCCCAACACCUCAGUUUGUACUUCCGAAAGCUCGUGCGCGACGGAAACAACCACUGAAAAUCGAAGUCGGAUCAAAGAUCUCGAAAAUGGAGGAUAUCACUGAGGAGGCUGAAUGCAAGGAGAAUACCCCGCUACAACCUCUUGAUGCCGGUGCUCCAAACCAGCAAGUGCGUAGGAAGUCCGCGAUUUUGGCUCGUAGAUGUGAUAGCGAUAUUGCUCGGUAUCCGCAGAUGAAGUCGGCUGAAGUGCAGUGCAACUUACCUGAUACUACUUGCAUCUGUCGCAAUUUGCGGGGAACUAUAGCAUCAUUCCGUGAAAGGAACCCUCACCACACUGCUCAGUGCAGUUCGGACUUGAAUGCUCUCUUUGUGCUGAUGCCAGAAUUAAAGGAUCUGUUGGAAGAGGUUAUGUUUUUUUCGCUUUCUCUCGAUAUUACAUACUCAUCAUUUCUCUUACAGAAUGUUCCUGCACUUUGUGAAGUUUUUACGCUGCAACCUUUACGUUCUGCUCCAACAUCUGAAGUCGUCAAGCCAGCCGGAGAAGGAGCAGAAGGCUGCUCCUCACAAACUAUCACUCUAGAUGAUUUUGCUAGUGACAGCGAUGAUGACGAAUUGAACGCUACCCAACCUCCAGCUGCUGUAAAAUCCGAAGUUGUAGCGGAAGUUGCCACAGUUGUCGAUCUAAACGGCAACAAGGAAAUGUUAAAUGGAGAAACAGACCGUCCGAAUUCCUCUUGUACACGGUCUUCGAGUGACGUUGUUCCACAGUCCGAUCCACCUAGCGAGCCUGGUGAUAUCAACGAUGAGGUUAUGGAAAUCACAAUGCAGGCUCCUUUCGACUCGGUCCCCUGCGAGCUUGAAUAUUCCUCUCUUGAUAUUGAUCCUGAGCCAGACGAUCAAAAAAUCUUGGUCUUGAGUGUUUCGCGAAUAAGCUGUGUCGAGGAUGAAAAAGUAGUAAGCAACUUCAUCAAAAUGUUCCCACAAGUUUGCUACGAGGAAGAUAUAACACCUUCCUCCACUCAUCUUGUUAUGAUGAACUCUCAGGAGAGGUUGUGCCAAAGACGAUCUCUUCGAUACGUUUUUGCUGUGGCUCGAAAAUGUGAAUUGCUCGCUCGCUCGUGGUUGGAAGAUUCAAUAAAAGCGAAAGAGUUAUUGCCUACGACACAGUAUGUACUGGCAUGUGAGACUGCUGGAGAGGAACCUGGUUGGAUUCGUGCCAGACGAAGCACAGAACCGCUGUUUAAUCAGAUGAGCUUUUUUCUUCCGAGGACGUUCUCUCAUUCGCAGUUGCUGUCCCAUGAAAAAUUGAAGGAGCUUAUCACUUUGUGUGGAGGCACUUGUUGUGAUAAACCUUGGGAGCUUGCCAACUACAAAAACGCUUAUACGAUUUUUAUGUCGCAUUCCAAGGAAUGGGACGUGGCCCGUCGGUAUGAAGCGAGCAUGGAUGGCGUCCCUGUACUUGUGGUGGACUGGGUAUUGGAUUCGAUUUCGGAGUUUCGCAUAAAACCUAUAGAACCGUAUAAAAUUCAGCAAGCGCACUGA